UGGCGGCUCCGGCGCGGCUCUCCAUUCCCCGGGAUCGCGGCGGGCGGCGGCAGGAUGGCUGCUCGUCUCGCUGCGCUCCUGCCCCUGCUGCCGCUGCUGCUGCUGCUGCCGCUGGGCCGGGGGCCGCCGGGGGCCCUGGGCAACCGGCACGCCGUGCACUGGAACAGCUCCAACCUGCACCUGCGGCGGGAAGGCUACACCGUGCAGGUCAAUGUCAAUGACUACCUGGACAUCUACUGCCCGCACUACAACGCCUCGGUGCCCGAGCACAGGAUGGAGCAGUACGUGCUCUACAUGGUGAACCUGGAGGGCUACCGCACCUGCAACACCAGCCAGGGCUUCAAGCGCUGGGAGUGCAACCGCCCCCACGCGCCCCACAGCCCCAUCAAGUUCUCGGAGAAGUUCCAACGCUACAGCGCCUUCUCGCUGGGCUACGAGUUCCACGCCGGGCAGGAGUACUACUACAUCUCCACGCCAACACACAACCACCGCCGGGCCUGCUUGAAGAUGAAGGUGUUCGUGUGCUGCGCCUCCACGUCGCAUUCGGGGGAGAAGCUGGCGCCCACCCUGCCGCAGCUCACCCUGCGGCCCGAGGUGAAGAUCGAGGACUUGGAAAACUUCAACCCGGAGAUCCCCAAGCUGGAGAAGAGCAUCAGCGGCACCAGCCCCAAGCGAGAACACUUGCCGCUGGCCGUGGCCGCCGCGCUUUUCCUCAUGACGCUGCUGGCCUCCUAGCUCGGAGGCGCCGGCGGAUCCGCCGCGGGACCCCCCGGCCCUGCCGCCGGAGACGCUGCCCGCGGGCCGCCCGCCGCCCCCGGGAGCCGGCCCCGGCCCGCAGACGCCUCCGGCCCGAGCCCUGCGCACCGUCCCGGCUGCCGGCGUGCGGCGCGGAGCCCCGAGCCCGGCCGGCCCCCGCGGACGGAGCGGCCCGGAGCAGUGCCAGGCAGUGCCCCCGGGGCCGGGCGGCCUGUACAUACCUAUAUAGAGAUCUAUACAUACUGUACAGAGAGCGACUAUACAGAUAUAUCUAUACUGUACCAUAGGCAGCGGCGCUGGCCCCGGGCUGGCUUGUACAUAGUUGAACGUGUUGGAUUCUCCUCGUCUUCCGUGAAGACCCGACCUAUGCAAACGCACAGACACUUUUUGGGGAAAAAAAAACAAUCUCGAUCUUUUUUUCAAGUGCUUUGGCUGGUGAUUUUCAUAUUCUGCUCUUAGUCUAUAAAAAAAAAUAAAUAAAAGGAUUCAAAAAAAGA